AUGGGAGGCUUGACCGAGUCUAGUGAACCUAAAAGGAUGCGCCGAAGAGCUCGGACGGUCUCACUAAUUUCCCUCGCUAGAAUACGGCAUGUCAAAUGCGACGAAUUACCGGGUAGGUGCUUGAAUUGUGUGUCCACUGGGCGCCAGUGUGACGGCUACGAUCUUGAUCGUCUUCCUCUAAAGAAAGGGCUUGCCACCAGCACAACUCUCAGCGUACAUCGAAUGCGUUUGGUGCUCCCAGAUCAAACUUCCGAUGAGAGACGAUGUUUCUCUUAUUUCCAAUGCUCGACUAUCCCGAUGAUGAACGUCUGGUUUGAUCACCACAUGUGGGAUCGGCUUACACUUCAAAUGAGUCAUGCCGAGCCAGCCAUCUGUCAUGCGGUAGUCGCUGUGAGCGCUUUACAGCAGUUAGUAGAAACGACUGGUAUACCCGUGUUACCGGAGGAUAUGACGAACCGCUACCACCGCUUCGCCUUGGGUCAAUACAAUCGAGCGGUUAGUCAUCUGAUCUCCCGGAUGAACUCCAACGACCCGAGCGUGAAGAAUAUGGCCUUGAUGUGCUGUCUACUGUUUGUGGUCUUCGAGUUGACGCGUGGGCGGUAUGACCUAGCCAUUCUUCAUCUUCAAAAUGGAGUCAAGCUGCUGGGUGCUGAGGCGCAAAAGCCAAUUUACAGUUCCCUAUACCACACCCAUCCAUCUUCAGCUCUAGAGCGACACAUCGAACCAUCUUUCGCCGCUGCAAUAAUGCAUCUGGAUCUACAGAGUGCACAUUUUGGAGUCUCUAAACUACACGAGGGACUGGAUCUAGAAAUGUUCGCGCACUGGGUCGGGCGGGCACCGUCAAUGGUGGAUUUCCAGACCAUCAAGGACGCGUGGAUCGUCCGCGACCGGAUCUUCAUCCAGUUUUGCAUGUUUGGCACUCUCUGUGAGUCCUUCUCAGGGACUGACAUGUCCGCGAACUAUGGCAUAUUGCGUACGGAGCAGAGGAAACAACAGGCGCAACUUGCUGGUUUUGCGGAAGCGCUAGAUCGCUUUGAGGAGGCGAGCAUUCGUCGCAGACUUCUUACGGGAAAGGAGCGAAGGGCCCUGGCAAUUUUACGUAUGCAUCAGGCGGCACUCUCUGUGACUACAGACAUAUGCUUGAUAAAGUGUAGCGAAACUAUCCGUAGUAUAUCCACGGAACGGUUCAACGAUGUCGUCGAUCAAGCAAAAACUAUCACAGGCAGUCUGAUGGAGAUUGCACCUCGAAGUACCCCUCGCCGUCCCACGCUGCUGAUGGAGACAGGGACCAUCGCACCUCUGUUCUUCGUCAUCGCAAAAUGUGAUAACCCGGCAGUUCGGCAGAGAGCACUUGAGGUCCUAGAGUCUUGGCCACACCGAGAAGGCUUGUGGGAUUCACAAUUAGCUGCCACGUUGGCUCGCCAGAUGAUGUGUCCCGGGGUACAUUAGUUUCGAAUAAUGCCUCUUAGCAUUACCUAAUGUGCUGUAUCGACGCGGGAAAUUAUUCCGGGGGGGGUCAUCUGAUCGCAAGCAGUGAGGUUUACAGUCACGAGCAAUUCUGAUCCACAUGUCCGGAGUAAUUGCUUGUAGUCCUGGGAUGAAAGGAAAUAUGCGUAGUAAUGUAUAGGUAGACAGAUGUAGGGCUUUACCCCGCCCAUGUUGUUCGGACCGAGGGGGUUUACCAUGCCGGAUUCGGCAUAGGAAGGGUGGUUAUGCUGCGCAUCGAGGAACGUUUAUGCUGCAUCGUGUGCAUUACUUGUCUAUUCUUACAGCCUAAGUGAGGGGCGCUGCUGUUCUACACGCUAGCAGAAGAGCCUCGAUGUGACGUAACUUAAGGCAUGUGAAAUCCCUGACUUUUCCAGCUAGUAUCAUAGGACCUCGAGCUCUGUAGGUUCA